GUUUCCACGGCGAUAACGACCCGUUAGCUUCAGAGACGAAGCUUUCCUCACCGGGAGGGACCUGAUGCAGUGCAUCUAUGGAUUUCGAAAGAGACACUAGCCGUUGCUGAUUAACUUGCGUUGCAAGUUAAGUCAUGUUUAUCUUUUAGUUUUGAUUUUAUUUUGUAAAGGAUAAUUAUAACCUUUUUAGAUAUCGCUUAGGAAUAUUAUCUUUGGGAUUAUAUAUACCCAAUCGACACCCUUGUAUUAUUUUCACGUUAGAUUUAAUAAACUGCUUUUGGCAAUUGAGCUUAUCGCUUGAAGAGGAGAACUCUUAACCUGUUGAUUUCGACGACUGCUUCGUUGAACUCAAGAUCCGAGCUUGAAUUCGAAUUCUCCUGGAGAGUUUGAGUUUGAUUUCGUUACUUUGCUUCCGCAUCUCUAUCACAAUGGCAACAAAUUUGAUCAUGAUACUAGUGUUGUUUGUUAUAGUGUUACCACUUAACGUACACCAACAAAACAGACAACUGACUUCCGUAGCUUCUUUUAGGAACUAGAUGUCCUUGCAAGCGAACUCGAAGCAAUCAAGCCCAAUAUCUGAGACAUGCUCAUGUUCUCUUACCAUGCGGAAGGUCAUGACUACACGAAGAGGAAAAUACUUCUGAUAUAUUUGAUGAUCAGUCUUGGUAUUGCAUAUCAUUUUGAGAAUGAGAUCGAAAAGACCUUGGCACACGCCUUUCAGAAUAUUGAUGAUACGAUAGCAAAUGAGCAUGACCUUUACACAAUCUCUAUCUUCUUUUGGGUUUUCAGAACAUAUGGUUACAACAUGUCGGCUGAUGCGUUCAAGAGGUUCAAAGGGGAUGAUGGAAAGUUUAUGGACUCCUUAACAAAGGAUGCUAAAGGCAUGUUGAGCUUGUAUGAAGCCGCUCAUUUGAGGACGACAAGAGAUUAUAUAAUGGACGAAGCGUUGAGCUUCACAACGAAACAUAUGGAUUCGUUAGCUGGACGAUCAAGCUCUCAUCUCUCAAGGCUUAAACAGAAUGCUCUUGGUCUAUCUCAACAUUGGAACAUGGAGAUAUUAGUCGCAAUGGAAUAUAUCUCCUUCUACGAACAAGAAAAAGACCAUGAUGAGACAUUACUCAAGUUUUCAAAGCUCAAUUUCAAGUUACUACAACUUAUUUACCUUAAGGAGCUCAAAAUGGUUACAAAAUGGUACAAGGAGCUCGACUUUGCAUCUAAGUUGCCACCUUAUUUCAGAGACAGAGUGGUGGAGUUACAUUUUUUUGUUAUAUCGAUGUAUUUUGAGCCGCAUUUCUCAAGUGCGAGGAUUAUGUUGACUAAGUUCGUCACGGCCGAAAUCAUUAUUGACGACACUUUCGAUAGAUAUGCCUCUAUGUCGGAAUCUGAAAGCCUCGCCAAAAGUCUAGAAAGGUGGGCUCCUGAUAAAGACAUGGAUAAACAACCAGAUUAUUUGAAAUUCGUAUUUAAAUUUAUACUGGACGUAUUCAAAGAUUUCGAAAGAGAAGUGGGGUCAGAAGGAAGAUCUUACAUCGUGAAAAGUACAGUAGAAGAGUUCAAAAUACUCGUGAAAGCCAAUCUUGACCUUGCCAAAUGGGCGCAAAUCGCUCACGUGCCUAGCUUUGAGGAUUAUAUGGUGGUCGGUGAGCUGGAGGUCUCGUGGUACGCGAGUAUGGCAGGCACUUUUAUGGGCAUGGGUCAUAUUGCUAUGAAGGAAGCUUAUGAGUGGCUCAAAUCAAGACCAAAACUCAUCCAAGCAAUAUCUAUAAACGGACGUCUGAUGAAUGACAUGACCGGUUUCGAGGAUGACAUGAGUAGAGGAUAUGUACCAAAUGGGAUCAACUGUUAUAUGAAGCAAUAUGGAGUUACAAAAGCCGAAGCUUAUAAGGAGCUUCAUAAAAUGCGUGUUCACAAUGACAAAAUAGUGAACGGAGAGUUGUUGACGACAAAAGAUGUGCCAAGGAGAGUUCUCAAGCAAGCCAUCAAUUGUGCACGCAUGGCGAAUGUUGCCUAUGGCUAUGGUGAAGGCUUAACACACCCUGAAGGCAAAAUAAAGGACUAUAUUGUUUCUCUUUAUCUUGAUCUGAUUCGUCUGUAAAGACGUUGAUUGGAAACACUGCUAAUGAGUGUGAACUUUGUAGCUGCGUCUUGAGAUCCUAGUUGCCAUGGUUCCGCUGCAUCACAAGGAGAAAUUGUAAGAAAUAACCAUUUUAGAACAAUCAUUUUCAAAGCAAAGGUUCCUUCAUUGAUUGCUCCGCUCGUCUUUUUUUUUGGCAACACCGUGACCUUUGUCUUUUUUUGUGCAAAAGUGUGACAUUUGUUUUUCUUUUUUUGUGAAACAGUGUGACUUUUGUCUUUUGGUUCUUAUUAGUUUAUUAUUUUUAAGUCGUUUACAUUACAUCAUCCUUUUCCUUUUUUGAGGACAUUAUUAUUAUAUGCCAUAAAGCUCUUGUGAAUCAUGUGAUUCUAUUCCAGGGCUUGACAUUUUAUCCGUUAAUUUUGAUUCGAUCAUUUAUUUACUUUGAUUCGAUCAUAAAAAUCUGGACAUCCGUAAAGUUUCGGAGCAAAACAAAUAGUAAAAAUGAAUAUCCAUUGAAAACAAAACAAAUCACAAAUACUAAAUUUUAAGAACUGGACAUCCGCUCCACUUGGACAGCUAUAUAAAUAUAUAUAUAUAUAUAUAUUGAUUAAAUGUAUGAGUUUAUAUAAUUAUUAUUUUAACGUAUGAUUUAAUAAAAUUUAUUCACAUUAUUAAUUAUAAAAAUAUUGAAAUAAACAAAUAACUUUUUCUGAUAUCUAUAACUUUUUCUUAAGUUUGUGUUUUUAUUACUAAUUUUAAAAUUUACAAACAUAUAAUUUCACUGUUUUUUUAUUUUUAUUUUAUAUAUUAUGUAAAAAUGUUUUAAAGAACAAAUUUAUCUCGGAUUUUUUCUAGAUUAUUUGUAUUAAUUAAUUAAAACGAAAGGAUAUAUCCGUAUGUAUUCGCAAAUAUCCGCAAAUAUUUACAUAAUUUUCGGAUAUCUGAUCCUUGCCCAACCCUACCCGGCUCAUUAUCACUGUUAUAAAGCACAUAGUGCAUGGAAGACGAGAACCAUUAUUACUAAUUAAACACACUGUUGUAUGAACCAACGUUUUGUGGUGAGUCGAAAUGGAAUUGAUGAUAUUAAUCUCUUUGUCCUUGACAACUCUCUUAGCAUUUCUCUUCCUAAAGUCACUAUUCAAACGAACCACCACUAUUUCCGAACUUAACCCACCACCGUCUCCAUGGCGGCUUCCAGUGAUAGGAAACCUUCACCAGCUCAGUCUCCAUCCUCACCGCGCUUUCCAUAGACUCAGCCUCCGCUACGGGCCGCUCAUGCUCCUUCACUUUGGCCGUGUCCCUGUUCUGGUGGUCUCAUCAGCCGACGUCGCUCAUGACGUCAUGAAAACGCACGACCUUAAGUUUGCCAACCGCCCCAAACCAAAGGCGGUGGAUAUAAUUAUGAACGGCGGACGAGAUGUGGCAUUUUCCUCUUAAGGUGAGUAUUGGAAACAUAUGAAGGUAUGAUUUUACUUAUUUAUUAUAGAUAUUGAGAAGAUUUGUAAAUGUUAAAAGACAAAGACCAGAAUUUUUAUAAAGUAGAUACACCCAGAGCCUGUCCUAGAGGUGUGGGAGCCCUAUUCGAAAUUUUUUUAACUUAAAAUUAAAAAUAUUUUUAGUGAUUUUUAGUAAAAAUUAAUAUAAAUUUCUUUAAAAUAUAUAUAUAUAUAUAUAUAUAUAUAUAUAUAUAUUAUGUUAGUAAACUUCAAACUUUAUAUAUUUAUUUUAAUUAUAUUACUAAACUUGUACGUAUCAUAUAACAUAGAAUACAUAAACAAUUUUAUUAUUAUAUAAACUAUUUUUUUACUUUAUAUAUUUAACACUAUUUAAUAAUAUAAAUACAUCUAUAUACACAAAUAAUUUUUUUUAAAGGAGGCCCCACCAAAUGGAGCCCAUUCAAAUAUUUCGAAAGCAUACCUAGGCCGUGUUCGUUUACAUGUCGCGCGACAUGCGACAUGCGACCUGCGACUGAUCGCAGGUCGCAGGUUGCAGGUUGUUGUUCAUUUUGCUGUCGCGUAACAUGCGACCUGUGAUUGGUCGCAAGUCGCAAGUCGCAGGUUGUUGUUCGUUUUGAUGUUGCGCGACUGAUCUCGCGACCAGUCGCGGGUUCCCAUUUAAGUCGUCCGAAAAACAGCGACUAAAAAUUAAAAAAAAUUUGAUCGCGCGACUGGUCGCAUGUCGCAUAUCGCAGGUCGCGCGACACGUAAACGAACAUAGUUUUAGUCGCAGGUCGCAGGUUUAGUCGCAGGUCGCAAGUCGCGCGACACGUAAACGAACGUAAUCUUAGUCGCAGGUCGCAGGUCGCGCGACACGUAAACGAACAUGGCCUACAAGCCCGGCUCUGGUUACACCUCCCUCGUAUGCUCCUUCCUUCACCCAUUUUGGUUUUCUACUAUUUUUUAUUUCAUCAUUAUAAAAGCUUAUCGUAUAAAUUUUAUAUCAAAUAUUACAUAAUAAUUAGUAUAUAUACUUUAUCCUACACAGAGCAAUUUUUUUUUUUUUUUUUUUUGUAACUAACAUAGAGAGCAUAUUACUACCUAAAUAUAUAUUAUUGUCCUGAUCUUCUGAUCUCCUACAGCUAAAUUGAUUAUUUCACGAACAAAAAAACUUGCGAUAUGGAUUGGUUUAUCAUAAUAAUGUAGGUUAGUCAAUAUGUAUGUAAAUAUUCACACUUCAGGCUAAUAUAAAUUUUAUUUGUUUUAGUUGGUGACCAAAGAAAAUGAGAAGGAACAUUCAAUUCUUCAUGGUUUCCAUAAAAAUACUCCAUUUAUAAAGAAUUAAUAUUUCUUUCUGUUCCUCAUCAUUCCUUUUUUUUUGUAGAGAAUAACAAAGCAAAAUUAUUCCUCAUUAUUUUUGAAGAGGAACAAUCAUUCUCUUUUUUUUGAAUGAGUGUAAAAUUUUAUUCAAUCAAAAACUUUGUACAUCAAGUGUUUCAGCUUUGUGUUUAAAAAAUAAAAAAAUUGACUAUGGGAGACCAUGAGGUUUCUGAUUCUGUGUUUAGGAGUGCUCUUGACGAGACCCAAACCAAGCAGCCAGACCCUCUUCCAGAUACUGAUGCCCCAACCCUUUGACUGAUAAUAGUCUGAGUCUGACUGUCUUAUCCACGAAUUUAAUAAGACAGCCCGUCUACUUCGACUGUUCACCAUGUCUGCGAGCAUGCGUUCUCUCCAAACCGAGUGGACCGUAGCUUAGAAGGUGUAUCUGAGGAGAAAGGUCAUUGUGGGGGUAAGCGUUGGGUUUGUGAUCAUUUCGAUGAUCUCAUUCCAAUCUGUGGUGAAAGACGCUUGCAAAAUCCCCCCUACAAGAGCCUUCCAUAUCUGCUUUGUAUACCGACAACUGAAGAAGAGGUGUUGACGAGUUUCAUCAUCUUCGUUGCACAAUACACAAGUCUGAUCAACUGCAUUGUUCCACUUAUGCAUUCAAUCGCAGGUUUGUAGCCGAUUCUGAAUAGCAACCCAGAGGAGGAAGGAGAACUUAGGUGUUGACUGUGGGAACCAUACUCCUUUGCUCCAUAAACAAGGUUGAUGGUGAUGUCUCAACUGCAACCAAGUCCUCUUCGUUGAGAAACUACUAACAAACUUCCCUUCUUUUUGUUUCUAAGGCGGGAUAUCUUCUUCUUUAUCUUGGCCGUUUUUAAGUCGAAGCAAAGCUAUCUCGUUCUCAAUCUCAUUUAGGAUGGUCACCCUAUGUCUUCUUCUUCGAUGUCUUCUCAAAACAUCAGCCAUAGGCUCAUUGUAGGAUAUACCUAGAUCGAUGGUUCCUCUGUCUCCUAGUACUUCCUUGAGGCAACCAAUUCUGGACCAGUUAUCGUGCCAAAAGGAUGUAUCUGUUCCACUAUGAACUUCCAUCUUGAAGAACUGCUUUGCUAGGUCUCUCAACUUUAGUAAUUUUCUCCAGAUCCAAGACCCAACGUUUGUAGUACCCUUUACUGACCAAAAUGACCCCUUUCUGAUCAGGUAACAUUUGAUCCAUUUAACCCAAAGAGAUUCCUUUGCUGAUGUGAUCCUCCAUAUCAAUUUCAAGCUCAAGACUGUGUUGGUUUCUUUCAGUGGUCGAACUCCUAAAUCUCCCUCUUCCUUUGGCAAACAAACAUCCUUCCAGCUUACUUUUGCUUUGCUAGUCUUCAGGUCAGGGCCAGACCAGAGAAAAGCAGAGCACAACCUUUCGAUUUCCUUGAGACAACUUCCUGGUAACUUAAAAGCUUGGAGCCAGAAAUUUGCAAGGCUGGUAAUAACUGAGUUGAUGAGUUGCAACCGGCCUGCGUGUGACAGAAAUCUUCCUGUCCAAGAGCUCAUGCGCUUUCUGAUUUUCUCCACUAAAGGAAGAUAGUCAUCGACCGUCAUACGCUUUGUAAGCAGGGGGAGUCCCAAGUAACAGAUAGGCAGUUGACCCGAAGCAAAGAGAAAACUGAGGAACAAUCAUUUUCACUCAUUCCUUUAAUUUUAUUCCUUUUCAUUCCCUUUUUAUUUGUUCCUAAUGUUCCUCACAUGGUCACCAGUCACA